AUGGCUGAUAUUCUGGGCACGGUUGUUGGGGUGGUGUCUCUCGGUCUACAACUAUGUUCGGGCAUCACCAAAUACCUUGAUGGGGUCAAGGGCCAUCGAGAAGACAUCGCCUCAGCUUCUCGUCAAUGUCAGUCCCUCGAGGCAUUUCUCAUCCAGCUCCGGGACAUGCAGAGCCGUAUUGCAGGUGCAACAAACGGGGAUGCCAUAGAGCGAGCCGUUUCCUCUGUCAAUGCAGAGCUCGAUGGCCUGCGUACAUUCGUCGACGAAAUCCGCAGAAGCGAGGACUCCUCAGGGUCAUUUUCGGAAUGGAUCAGCGAGAGAAAAAAGCAAGCGAUAUACCCCUUUAAGCGGAGUCAGCUUGAUCGCUUGGAGACCCAACUUUCGAAAGCGAAUGAGGCUUUGCAGACUGCUAUUCAAGUAGCUCAGCUGUACGUCAGGAAGUAA